CUGCUUUUUCUUCUUCUUUUCUCUCUUUUCUUCUGUUUUUUCCUGUCUUUGAAGGAGGGGUCCAUUCUUGUCUUCCCUAAACGUGAGCGGCAGCAGCUGGGUAAUGAGGGUGCGUCCCCAGUCGGUCCAGUCCCCAGCACCUCCCAGUUCUUCAGGCUUCCAUAUAAAAACCCUGGUGGAAAGUGAGUGUAGGCAGUAGGGAGUUUUCUGCUGGGGUCAGGAGGACUGUGAACAGACGAGCGGACCCUGCCCCAAACACCCGUGUAUGAGUGGAGUGUAGCAGAAAGAGAAAACACCCCCAACUUUUUUCCUCUCUUGCCUCAAAGAGUCUACAUGUCUAGUGGCAUCUAGACAUGUUCAGCUUUGUGGAUUUGCGGCUGGCGCUGCUGCUCAGCGCAGCGGUGCUCCUGGUUAGAGCGCAGGGCGAGGACGACCGCACGGGCGGAAGCUGCACCCUGGACGGCCAGGUCUUUGCGGACCGGGAUGUGUGGAAGCCAGAGCCAUGCCAGAUCUGUGUGUGCGACAGCGGCACGGUGAUGUGCGAUGAGGUCAUCUGCGAGGACGUAGACUGCCCCAACCCCGUCAUCCCCCAUGACGAGUGCUGCCCCAUCUGCCCCGACGACGGCUUCCAGGAGCCUCAGGUUGAGGGACCCAAGGGAGAGCGUGGACCCAAGGGAGACAGGGGUCUUCCUGGUCCCCCUGGUAACGAUGGUAUUCCCGGCCAGCCUGGUCUGCCUGGACCUCCCGGCCCCCCUGGACCCCCUGGCCUCGGUGGAAACUUCUCCCCUCAGAUGUCUGGUGGCUAUGAUGAUAAAUCCCCUGCCAUGCUUGUGCCUGGACCCAUGGGCCCAAUGGGACCACGUGGACCCCCUGGAUCUCCUGGUCCCAGCGGACCUCAGGGAUUCACUGGCCCCCCUGGUGAGCCUGGUGAGGCCGGAUCUGCUGGUCCCAUGGGUCCCCGUGGCCCCGCCGGCCCCCCUGGAAAGAAUGGAGAGGAUGGUGAGUCUGGCAAACCUGGUCGCGGUGGUGAGCGUGGACCUUCCGGCCCACAGGGAGCUCGUGGUUUCCCAGGAACCCCUGGUCUGCCCGGCAUCAAGGGACACAGAGGAUUCAGUGGUCUGGAUGGUGCUAAGGGAGACUCUGGCCCCGCUGGUCCCAAGGGAGAGGCUGGAGCCCCUGGUGAGAAUGGAACCCCUGGUGCUAUGGGACCUCGUGGUCUGCCUGGUGAGAGAGGCCGCACUGGUGCUUCUGGAGCUGCUGGAGCUCGUGGUAACGAUGGUGCUGCUGGUGCUGCUGGACCUCCUGGUCCCACUGGCCCCGCUGGUCCUCCUGGAUUCCCUGGUGGCCCUGGAGCCAAGGGUGACGCCGGACCUCAGGGUGCUCGUGGAUCCGAGGGCCCCGCUGGAGCUCGUGGUGAGCCUGGUAACCCCGGACCUGCUGGCCCCGCCGGACCUUCUGGAAACCCCGGAGCUGAUGGAGCCGCCGGGCCUAAGGGAACCCCUGGUGCUGCUGGAGUUGCUGGAGCUCCCGGUUUCCCCGGACCCCGUGGACCCCCCGGACCUCAAGGUGCUGCUGGUGCCCCCGGACCCAAGGGUAACACUGGCGAGGUUGGUGCCCCAGGAGCCAAGGGAGAAUCUGGUGCCAAGGGAGAGGCUGGUGCUCCAGGAGUUCAAGGACCCCCAGGACCUUCUGGUGAGGAGGGCAAGAGAGGAUCCAGAGGAGAGCCUGGUGUUGCAGGAGCCCGUGGAGCUCCUGGAGAGCGAGGUGCCCCUGGUGGUCGUGGUUUCCCUGGUUCUGAUGGCUCUGCUGGACCCAAAGGUGCCACUGGUGAGCGUGGAGGCCCUGGUGUUGUUGGACCUAAAGGUGCCACUGGUGAGCCUGGCCGCAGUGGUGAGCCUGGUUUGCCUGGAGCUAAGGGUAUGACUGGCAGCCCUGGCAGCCCUGGACCUGAUGGCAAGAUGGGACCUACUGGUGCCGCUGGACAAGAUGGCCGCCCCGGACCCCCUGGCCCCGUUGGAGCUAGAGGCCAGCCUGGAGUCAUGGGAUUCCCCGGACCCAAGGGAGCUGCUGGUGAGGCUGGAAAGCCCGGUGAGAGAGGAGUAAUGGGACCCACUGGCCCUGCUGGUGCCCCUGGAAAGGACGGUGACGUUGGUGCUCCCGGUCCCUCUGGACCUGCUGGACCUGCUGGUGAGAGAGGAGAGCAGGGACCUGCCGGAGGUCCUGGAUUCCAGGGUCUUCCAGGACCCCAGGGUGCCGUUGGUGAGACUGGAAAGCCCGGAGAGCAGGGUCUGCCUGGUGAGGCUGGAGCCACAGGACCUGCUGGAGCUAGAGGUGACAGAGGAUUCCCCGGUGAGCGUGGUGCACCUGGCCCUAUUGGACCCGCUGGUGCCCGUGGAUCCCCCGGAUCUGCUGGAAACGAUGGUGCUAAGGGAGAUGCUGGAGCCCCUGGUACUCCCGGAGCCCAGGGUCCUCCUGGCCUGCAAGGAAUGCCUGGUGAGCGCGGUGCCGCUGGUCUUCCAGGACUGAGGGGAGACAGAGGUGACCAAGGAGCAAAGGGUACUGAUGGAGCUCCUGGUAAGGAUGGUCCCCGUGGUUUGACUGGACCAAUUGGACUUCCUGGACCUGCUGGAGCCACAGGAGACAAGGGAGAGCCUGGCGCCGCUGGACCUGUCGGACCCUCUGGAGCCCGCGGAGGCCCUGGUGAGCGUGGAGAGGCCGGACCACCUGGACCUGCUGGAUUCGCUGGACCUCCUGGUGCUGAUGGACAGCCUGGUGCUAAGGGAGAGGCUGGAGAUAAUGGUGCUAAGGGAGAUGCUGGUCUCCCUGGCCCUGCUGGACCAACUGGUGCUCCUGGACCUCAGGGUCCCGUUGGAAACACUGGCGCUAAGGGAGCCCGCGGACCCGCUGGACCUCCUGGUGCUACUGGCUUCCCUGGUGCUGCUGGCAGAGUUGGACCUCCCGGCCCCUCUGGCAACCCUGGACCUCCCGGAGCCGCUGGACCAGCUGGCAAGGAGGGACCCAAAGGAAACCGUGGUGAGACUGGACCUGCUGGUCGCCCUGGUGAGAUUGGUGCUGCUGGACCCCCAGGACUUACAGGAGAGAAGGGUAGCCCUGGUGCCGAUGGUGCUCCUGGUAGUUCUGGUAUGCCUGGACCUCAGGGUAUUGCUGGACAGCGUGGUAUUGUUGGUCUGCCUGGACAGAGAGGAGAGAGAGGUUUCCCUGGCAUGCCCGGACCCUCUGGAGAGACCGGAAAGCAGGGACCUGGUGGUCCCAGUGGUGAGCGUGGACCUCCCGGACCCAUGGGACCCCCUGGACUGGCUGGAGCCCCUGGCGAGCCUGGACGUGAGGGAACUCCCGGUAAUGAGGGAUCUGCUGGUCGGGAUGGAGCUGCUGGACCCAAGGGAGACCGUGGAGAGACCGGUCCUUCUGGAGCCCCUGGUGCCCCUGGACCCUCUGGUGCCCCCGGACCCGUCGGACCCGCUGGAAAGAAUGGUGACCGUGGAGAGACUGGACCUGCUGGCCCCGCUGGCUCUGCUGGCCCUGCUGGACCUCGUGGCCCUGCUGGAGCUCCUGGACUUCGUGGAGACAAGGGAGAAACUGGAGAGGCUGGAGAGAGAGGCAUGAAGGGACACAGAGGAUUCACUGGCAUGCAGGGACCCCCUGGACCUGCUGGACAUUCUGGAGAGCAGGGACCCGCUGGUGCUGCUGGACCCGCUGGACCUAGAGGCCCUUCUGGAUCUGCUGGUUCUCCUGGUAAGGAUGGUAUGUCUGGUCUCCCUGGACCCACUGGACCUCCUGGACCUCGUGGACGCUCUGGAGAGAUGGGACCUGCUGGUCCUCCUGGACCUCCUGGACCCCCCGGAGCACCAGGUGCCCCUGGCGGCGGAUUCGAGCUCGGCUUCAUCUCCCAGCCUCAGGAGAAGGCCCCAGAUCCCUUCCGCAUGUACCGCGCUGAUGACGCUAACGUUCUCCGUGACCGCGACCUGGAGGUGGACGGCACCCUGAAGAGCCUGAGCCAGCAGAUUGAGCAGAUCCGCAGUCCCGACGGAACACGCAAGAACCCCGCCAGAACCUGCCGUGACCUCAAGAUGUGCCACCCUGACUGGAAGAGCGGCGAGUACUGGAUUGACCCUGACCAGGGCUGCACUCAGGACGCCAUCAAGGUCUACUGCAACAUGGAGACCGGAGAGACCUGCGUAUCCCCAACUCAGCACGAGGUCACAAAGAAGAACUGGUACAUCAGCAAGAACAUCAAGGAGAAGAAGCACGUCUGGUUCGGCGAGGCUAUGAGCGACGGCUUCCAGUUCGAGUACGGCAGCGAGGGCUCUCUGCCAGAGGAUGUCAACAUCCAGCUGACCUUCCUGCGUCUCAUGUCCACCGAGGCAUCCCAGAACAUCACCUACCACUGCAAGAACAGCGUUGCCUACAUGGACGCCACCGCCGGCAACCUCAAGAAGGCCCUGCUCCUCCAGGGCUCCAACGAGAUCGAGAUCAGAGCCGAGGGCAACAGCCGCUUCACCUACAGUGUACUGGAGGAUGGAUGCACGUCACACACCGGUACAUGGGGCAAGACAGUCAUCGACUACAAGACAUCGAAAACAUCUCGCCUGCCCAUCAUUGAUAUCGCUCCUAUGGACGUUGGUGCUCCAGACCAAGAGUUCGGCCUUGAAGUUGGACCUGUCUGUUUCUUGUAAAAAGAGAAAUCUGGACUUGAAAUUGUUGUUGUGCGUGUGUGUGUGUUUUAUUUUUUCUAGCAGUCAUCUCUCUCUAAAAAAAAAACCCACCAAAACAUUUCUCUAAUGCCAUUUUUCUGAAAAAUCCGACCCCUCGCUCGUGAUUCUACGAGUUUCCAUUCGGCUGUUGUUCCGAUGGUUCACUUUGCCUAAAACCUGCACUUCAACAAGAUGGUGGCGAUGUGGCGGAGUCUGCAUCGUUGUGUUUGGGACCACUACUUUUUUCGUUUCUGACUCUUGUUUUUUUUUUUUUGUUUUUUUUACCAU